GUGCACUUUGGUGUAUCGUCCUGUAGAUGGCGCUUCGUUCAUGUGAAAACCCAGUUAGGUCAGCAUCGGCUACGGACACACCAGCGUUAGUCAUUAUUUUAAUGGAAAAAAACAGUCCCAAGGUGUGUAAACUGUCUUACACAUUCAGCUUAAAAACACUUUUUAAGCUGUUCUCUAAAAUUAACGUUUAGUCUGCAGGCUUGUGGGUGCCAUGACAGAACAGCGCCCUCACCUGGCUAUACACACAGGGUCUAUUCUAGUCCGCUUGUGUUUGCUAAUAGCUCUAUAUCGAAAGGGUGAAAAUACUUGUUAUGGAACAUUUUUUAGUAUUAAUCGUACAAUGCGAUGUUAUCGUACGUCUGGCAACACAAUGUCAGCAUUUGAAACAUUGUCAGCAUGUUUCAAAUAUGGCGGCCGCGUCGACCAUUUACGUCAUCAGCCGUCGACGCUCAACUGGUUCCCAACAUGACAAUCAAUCAAAGUGAAGUGCAUGGUUGCAUACCCUGGCACAGCUUCCAGUGGAGGUAGACCAUCAGUUGUAACAGCAGCCCACAGACGGACAGGAACAGGAGCAGACCCAACAGCCAGAGUGGUAAAGUAAAGCUGUCUGACGCUCUCAUUGUUUCUCUCAGCAGCAGAGUCAGACCAGCCCACGGACCUCUCAGAACCUCCAUCACGCUCCUGUGGGACCCGGAACGCAAUGCUCCAUGUGUAAAUUGUCACAAAAUAACACUCUUAACAAAGUAAGUGCCCAAGUGCCUUGGAUUUUCCCCUGCUUCCAUAAAUUGUGUGCUUUCUUGGCUUCAUGCUGUUUAUUUUUCUGAAUAUUUCAACUUUCUUAAUAAAUCUGUAAAUAUUUUCCGACUUUAUUCCUGUCUGGAAUAUGAGGGGGGAACUCCAAAGUGCAGAGCUCUUGGUGUGAGUAAAGACGACCGGGCAGUGAAAGCAGCAGCAGGCCCAGGCAGGGAUGAACAUCAAUGAUGAUGCAACAAUGAUUCCAUGUCAAAGACAUCAAAGAUGUUGCACAAUAGGGUGCUACCAUAAAGGAAUGAAAGGCAGGCAAGGGGAGGAAGGGGAUGAAGGACAAUUCCCAUCAUAGUUUGACUUUAUUCCCUUAGUAUUUGAGCUUUUUACCCCUAGCUCAUUUUUUUCAAAAACUGCAACUUUUAUUUUGUUUAGUUUGGUUAUAAUAAUUCUGACUUUAAAAUAUUUUUUCUUGCUAUAAUGCCAUUUUUCCUCCUAAUAUAAUCAGCUUAUUCUUGUAAAAUUGCAACUUUCUUUUUCUGUUAAUAUUUUGACUUUAUUCUUUUCCUUUUCUGAUGUUUUUUCCUCUUGUUAUUAUGCCAUUAUUCCCAUAACUUUUAUAAGUUAUAACCCAUUAUAUUAUAACUUUUUCCCCAAGCCAAUUUUCCAAAAAGCACUCCAGCCUUGUGAUUGCUAAGAAGAUUAGCCUCACCGGCAGAUAGCAUGUGUUCAACUACAAAGCCAGCCAUUCCCCCUCCAGAACCCGUCUAUCGUUUGUCAGGAAAGCCGGGAGGAGCAUCAUCACGGGGGCGUCCCAAUCAAAGGGUGAAGCGCCGGGGCCGGGAAGGGCGGCGCGCAUCUUUCUCUCUCUCUCUCUCUUGUUGGCCUCCUCCUCCAGGGGUCGUCCUGCAGAAUCUGCUGAUGUGCAUGGUCUGCUUCUACUCCCUCUACUACACGGUGGUCGGCCUCUGCAUCGGCCUGCUCAGGGUUCACGAAGUCAACAGCCUGUUGGCGCCGUUUGACUACACAACACAACCGUCAUGGCAGAACCCCAAAUACCUGGUGGGCGUCAUCUCCACGGAGGUCACCUAUGUGUUGGGGGGGCUGGUGUUCGCCUGGAUAGUGGAGGAGUGGGUGUGGGACUACGCCAUCACUGUCACCCUGCUGCACGUGGCUAUGACUGUAGCAGUGAUGUCAGAUUUCCCGUCGACGGAGCACUGGUGGAUCGCACUGGGCUCAGGCUUAGUGAUGAUGAUCUUCGGAGGACAGCUCCUGGCCUACAAACUCUUCAGGAGCAACUUUGUCUAUCCGGCUGAGCUGCAGAACUUCUGACGACGAUGAUGACAACGAUUUGGUUAAAUGUGGAAUAGCACCGUUCUUGUACAAAUACCCCAAUAUUGUACAUAUAAAUAUAUAUACUGUAUAUUAUAUUCUAUAUUAUUCUGUACAGAUCCACUGUUUUUGUAUUGUUGAACUACAUCGUUGAAGUGAUAGUAGGGUUAGAGUAUGACACCUUACACAUACAACAUGCAAUAUAUUUGUUGUUUCUUAUUAGGCUUGAACAUGUGUCAUGUUUAACCAUUUUUUUUGAAUAUUUGUUGUUGUUUAGAUGUGAAAAUUCCAUCGUCACUGUGCUGUAUGCAUUAGUUUAGUUUAGAUUAAAUACCAACUGCAAUGACAUUAUUUUUUGGUUCAUAUUCCUAACUCUUAAUUCAAUGGUUCUCAAACAUUUACACCAAGUACUUGAAAAAAUAUGUAAUUGUACUUCGUGUUUUAGCUUCAUAAUGAGCUGCAUAUGAGGUGGGUAAAAAUGUG